UCCUUGGCUGCCGCUCGAGUUAAUAAACAGUUAAGUUUGGAAGACUCCUUAGACACGUUGAGGGGGAGUUACCAAGCCCAGGCAGCAAAAACAUCCCGCCACAUUCCUGAGGAGUCCUCAGCUGCCAGCAUCUGAUUAGAACCAUAUCUCUCUCUCCGGGAGUGGCCGCGCGGCUCCGAGGCUCCCGGCCGGCGGCUAUUUAAGUGAGGCCCACCGCGUCCUCUGCGCUGUAGCCUAGAGGCUCCGGGCGCAGGGAAGUCAUGCUGGCUCCGCAGAAGCUCUAGCCAGUCCGUGUGUGUCGUGGGUUAUGUUCAUUUGAGACCUGCCCAUCGGGGAUUGCCUGGUGUCACUGAGUGUCUGCUGCUGGGUUUUCGGCUUACCUUCUUGUCAUGUCUAACGAAGUAGAGACAAGCACAACCAAUGGUCAGCCUGACCAACAGGCUGCACCAAAAGUGCCAUCAAAGAAGGAAAAGAAGAAAGGUUCUGAGAAGACAGAUGAGUAUCUGUUGGCCAGGUUCAAAGGCGAUGGUGUGAAAUACAAGGCCAAGCUAAUUGGUAUUGACGAUGUUCCUGAUGCAAGAGGAGACAAAAUGAGCCAGGACUCUAUGAUGAAGCUCAAGGGAAUGGCAGCAGCUGGUCGGUCUCAGGGACAACAUAAGCAAAGGAUCUGGGUCAACAUUUCCCUGUCUGGCAUAAAGAUUAUUGAUGAGAAAACUGGGGUAAUAGAGCAUGAACAUCCAGUAAAUAAGAUCUCCUUCAUUGCCCGUGAUGUGACAGACAAUCGAGCAUUUGGUUAUGUGUGUGGAGGAGAAGGCCAGCAUCAAUUUUUUGCCAUAAAAACAGGACAACAGGCUGAGCCAUUAGUCGUCGAUCUUAAAGACCUUUUUCAAGUAAUCUAUAAUGUAAAGAAAAAGGAAGAAGAAAAGAAAAAGGUUGAAGAAGCCAACAACAAAGCAGAAGAGAAUGGGACUGAGGCUCUGAUGACCCUUGAUGAUCAAGCCAACAAGCUGAAGCUGGGUGUUGACCAGAUGGAUUUGUUUGGGGACAUGUCUACACCUCCUGACCUAAAUAGUCCAACAGAAAGCAAAGAUAUCCUGUUAGUGGAUCUAAACUCUGAAAUCGACACCAAUCAGAACUCUUUAAGAGAAAAUCCAUUCUUAAAAAAUGGCGUCACCUCCUGUUCUCUCCCUCGACCAAAGCCUCAGGCAUCCUUCUUGCCUGAGAAUGCCUUUUCUGCCAAUCUCAACUUCUUUCCCACCCCUAAUCCUGACCCUUUCCGUGAUGAUCCUUUUGCACAGCCAGACCAAUCGGCACCCUCUUCGUUUGAUUCUCUCACAUCUCCAGAUCAGAAGAAAGCGAAUUUGAGUAGCUUGUCUACUCCUCUGAGUAAAGGGCCCCUGAACGGUGGUACUGAUUACUUUGGCCAACAAUUUGACCAGAUCUCUAACCGGACUGGCAAACAGGAAGCUCAGGCAGGCCCGUGGCCCAAUCCAAGUUCGCAAACCCAGCAAGCAGUGAGAACUCAAAAUGGGGUAUCUGAAAGAGAACAGAACGGCUUCCAUAUCAAAUCUUCCCCGAACCCUUUUGUGGGAGGCCCUCCCAAAGGACUAUCGGUACCGAAUGGCGUCAAGCAGGACUUGGAAAGCUCUGUCCAGUCCUCAACGCAUGACUCCAUAGCCAUUAUCCCACCUCCACAAAGUACCAAACCAGGAAGAGGCAGAAGAACUGCUAAGUCUUCAGCAAAUGACUUGCUUGCAUCAGACAUCUUUGCCUCAGAACCUCCAGGUCAAACAUCUCCCACAGGACAACCUGCAGCCCCACAGACCAACCCUUUGGAUCUCUUCAAAACAAGUGCCCCUGCCCCAGUGGGGCCCCUUGCAGGUCUAGGUGGCGUUCCAGUGACACCUCCCCAGGCAGGGCCUUGGACACCUGUUGUCUUUAGUCCUCCUACAGCUGUGGUCCCAGGAGCCAUAAUAAGCGGCCAGCCUUCAGGUUUUGGUCAGCCAGUCGUUUUUAGUACAACCCCAGCAGUUCAAGUUUGGAAUCAGCCUUCAUCAUUUGCAACCCCAGCUUCCUCUCCAGCCCCUGCAGUUUGGUGUCCCACCCCAUCUGUGGCCCCCAACGCUUGGUCAACCACAAGCCCUCUGGGGAAUCCUUUUCAAAGUAACAUCUUUCCACCUCCUUCCAUGUCCACUCAGUCCUCUCCUAUGCUGUCCGCUUUGGCCACACCUCCUCAACCACCUCCCAGGAAUGGCCCACUAAAGGACAUCCCCAGUGACGCUUUCACUGGCUUAGAUCCUCUUGGGGACAAAGAAGUCAAGGAAGUGAAGGAGAUGUUUAAGGACUUCCAGCUGCGGCAGCCGCCUGUCCUACCCACGAGGAAGGGAGAGACACCUCCCGCUGGGACUUCAAGUGCCUUCUCCAGUUACUUCAACAGUAAAGUUGGCAUUCCUCAGGAGCAUGUAGACCAUGAUGAUUUCGAUGCCAAUCAACUGCUGAGCAAGAUUAAUGAACCACCAAAGCCAGCUCCCAGGCAAGGUGCCCCCUUGGGUACCAAGUCUGCUGAUAGUUCCCUCGAGAACCCUUUCUCUAAAGGGUGCUUCAGCUCACCACAGCCCUCCGUGGUUUCUCAGCCUGCAUCUUCUGAUGCCUACAGGAGCCCUUUCGGAAAUCCUUUCGCCUAGCUUCUGAAGUUGCAAUGCUGACUGUCCAGAUGAACAACAAGACUGGCUUUAGUCAAGGACAAGCUGAUAGCCAGAAACAUGCUGACCUCUGUCCUUGUUCCAGCCUUGACGUAUUAGCCGUUGCCUUACUUGUCUUUGCCUCUUGUACUUGUAAAAUGCCUUUCACUUUCUGUCUAGACUAAACUGAAACUAUGGCUUUACGUAAAUUAAGCUCCUAAACUCUCUAGCCCAAAUAUAAAUGAAGUAGCUUCCCUACCAAAUCCUUGUCUGCUGUACCCCUAGAAUCCUCUGGAAUACUCUCCCUUCUACCCUCCAGCAGGGAGGUGCAGUCACUUUAACCCUGCAUAUCACACUGCUCUGAGUAAAUGUCCAAAUCCUCAUAGGUCGAUGUUGUCUGGGGU